AUGCGUCUGUACAACGUUCUGAUGGCUUCCACCGUUGCUCUUUUUGCGGCCUGUACUAGCGGCCUUGAGGCUGCAGGCACCACCAAGAAUGGCUUCUGCGCCAAGCCGCGUAUCCAGAUCACGGACGUCGAUGUUGGUGCUGCCGUCGAGGCCAACGAGGAGGAGGCCGCCCUCAAGCUUGUGGCUAUCGCUGCUAUUCCGGGUGGCGGCUCGCGCGUCGCCUUCCAAAGCGGCGACAGUAUCAUUGUCCGUGAGCUGGACGCCAAAGACAAACUCGUGACCAGCAGCCCCGCCGUCAAGGUGCCGCUCCACGACUUCGCUGACAUCCACGCCGACAAGAACGGCUUUGUCAUUCUCGGCACGAGAGACGCCGAGGGCGGCGGUAUCCUCAACUGUGGUAACCCGAGCAACCUGUGUGGUUCGGCUCCUAGCCCGGCCGUUCCGUGCUAUGACAUGUAUAUGAUCCGCUAUGACGGCACGAAGGAGUCGUGGGCCACGAAGCUGACGUCUUCGAGCGCGUCGCUGCCUCCCUACUCGUCGGGCAAGACUGGCCCUGACGUCUACAUGAUCUGGUGGUACGCUCACCACGGCCGUAUCGCGUUCGACGGCAAGAACUGGGCCGCGUACUUCGGUGCCGCCAUCUCCACGUCGGAGGGUGGCUGCAUCAACAUUCACCAGGGUGACCGCAUGAAGGUGGUUGACGCUACCGGUAAGAUCACGGCGAACGAGGACUCGUUCGACUGGGGUUGCUCGCACUCGGCUUACGAACGUAUCACGUACGACAACCGCACGGACAGCUACGCGACUAUCUGUAAGACGGACAGCAACAACCGUAUCAUGCCGCCUAAGGACUGGGGCACAACGAUCUACCCGGUUGACCUGGGUGCUGCCAACUUGGGCGACAUCGUGCCGGACUCGGACGCUUCCAGCAAGAAAUACUGGGCUACGGUUAGCAACGGCAACGGCGACAACGCCAAGGUGCACCUGAUUCACUUUGCCAUGAACGCGGCUGCCAGCGAGGACAUCACUCUGGGCGGCACGGACGCCAACGAACGUGCGCCUCACCUCGCGCAGAUCGGCAGCGGCGGCAUGCUGGCUGUGUGGGAGGGCAGCUCGUCGGGCGGCGACUUCAUGGAGGGCGGUGACCGCACGAUGUAUGCGCAGGUGCUGGACGCUUCGACGGGUAAGGCCAUCAGUGACAAGGUGGUGGUGGACAAGUCCGUGGUCGGCAACCGCUACCAGGCUCUGAAGACGUACGAGGAUGGCAGUGUUGCGUACCUGUCGAAGGGUAAGACCGGCACCUCUCUGCAGGUUGUUCGCUUCUUCGGAUGCUAA